ACAGUACAAGAGAUGCCAGGCACCGUGGGUACUGCCGGCCGUCUUUACCAUCCCCGCCAGUGGCGCUGCCGCCUCCGCGGUCCGGGUGAGGGCUCGGGCUCAGGGAGGUCAGGCGGCAGGGCAGCGACGGCGCUUCGCCACAGCUCCCGGUAGCCGGGGAGGGCGGGCCGGACCACCGACGGCCGCACGAGGGCUGGCUCCCAAUGGCCGGAGGCCAGGUGAUUGCCCACAGUGAGUAUCAAAAGUCCAAAAGAGUUUCCAUCUUUCUGAGCAUGCAAGAUGAAAUUGAGACAGAAGAGAUUAUCAAGGACAUUUUCCAACGAGGCAAAGUCUGUUUCAUCCCUCGGUAUCAGUUCCAGAGCAAUCACAUGGAUAUGGUGAGACUAGAAUCACCAGAGGAAAUUUCUUUACUUCCCAAAACAUCCUGGAAUAUCCCUCAGCCUGGUGAGGGUGAUGUUCGGGAGGAGGCCUUGUCCACAGGGGGACUCGAUCUCAUCUUCAUGCCAGGCCUUGGGUUUGACAAACAUGGCAACCGACUGGGGAGGGGCAAGGGCUACUAUGAUGCCUACUUGAAGCGCUGUUUGCAGCAUCAGGAAGUGAAGCCCUACACCCUAGCGUUGGCUUUCAAAGAACAGAUUUGCCUCCAGGUCCCAGUGAAUGAAAACGACAUGAAGGUAGAUGAAGUCCUUUACGAAGACUCAUCAGCAUCUUAAAUCUGGAUUACUACAGCCGAAUAAUCAGUGUUUUAUAUGAGAGUAAAGCAAAGUAUGUGUAUUUUUCCUGUGUCAAAAAUUAGUUGAAAUUGUACAACUAAUUUUUGUGAAUACAGACUGCAUUUUAAAAUUGUAAUUAUAAAAUACCUUAUAUAAAACUAUCUUUAAAAACCAAUAGAAGUGUGACUAGUAGAAUAUUCAUUGAAAUGGAGGCUAUCAGCCUAUGAUUUUCAGCUUAA